AUGACAGUCUUUGUGCUUUGUAUUUCUUUCGCCCUGUUUUUAUUUCCCUUAGGCUCCCACCAACACAAUUUGCCGCAGGCCAACCCCAGCAGCACAAAUCCUUAUGUGCAUUCCGAAUUCAAACACUCGGCGCACGAUUUACACCGGGAUCAGCAACAGCAAGCUUUCCACCUCGAAGAACACUUGUACCUCGAUAAUGGCCUACUGGAGGUGAACUCAAAGGCGCGACACCCCAUAUACGAUCUCAUCUGCGGAGCUGAGCGUGAAUGGGAGCACAAGAUGAGAAAACAGAGUCGUACAUUGAAGCAAGCCGUGCUGGAAUAUCGCAGGAGAUAUGCACGGCCAGCACCGAGGGGUUUUGAUAAAUGGUGGGCAUACGUCAAGCGUCACAGGAUCCAGCUCCCCGAUGAAAGAUCUACGUCAACUACAGAAUGCAACCCGCAUGAUCCCUGGGACGUUCUCUUUGUGUCUAACUCUACCACCGGCACCAUAUUGAUGUCAAAGGUCAACGCGAAAGAGGAGGAAGUUGAGAUUGCUCUGAAGAAGGCAAAUGCAACAUUGGAGCUCAUUUACGGAUUUGGUGAUCACUGGAUGAAUGAGGAUGGGACUCGAUCGAACGUCAUGAAGGAAAUCGUCAGAGCGACAGAGAACUGGGAGAUGACGAUUAAUGUUCAUGAUGAGCCUGUUCAACUGAAAGAUUGGGAGCUAAACGACAAGAAGUUGCGCGCUGCCGAAUACGGAGAAUAUAUCGAUGCUUUUACAAACCCCAUGAGUAAUCGCCUGGGAUGGGCUGCUGCUUGCCCCCCGUACUCGCUCUUUCGAGGAGAUAAUCCUCGACCACCUAAGCUUCCACUGCCAGACCCGUCCCCGAAAACGUUCAUCUACGAUCAUCAGAAGGCUAUGGAACUUCCAGAUGGGGAUGCCAGCGUCGUUGGUCUUGCUUUUGACACAGUCAGGGUUCGAAAAACAAGCUUCGACGUCUCCGAUUUCCGCUAG